UCUUUCAACAAGUUAACAGAAGACGAUCAUUAGAAGUGCCUGGAGAUCUUGGAAAGAACUUUACCUUAAAGACUACAAGUACAUAAUAAGAACAUCAAGUUUAAAGAGGAGAUUCUUCUCGAAUUCGCAAAUAAAUUCUUCUUAAUAUUCCCGACAAUUCUUCACAUUUGCUAUGAUGUUCUAUUAUUCAAUUUGUGUGGCAUAUACGAAAAUUUCCAUUUAAUUCUAUACGCCUUAGUAUUUAAAAAUACAAAAAUUCAAGGAAAGACGAUAUUCAUCACUGAUAUUUUUAAGAAUUUAAUCAAAAAAUCGAGUUACCCAAACUUUCGCAUGAAAUUUGUGAUACUUCACAGCAAUUUAAUCAACCUAGAAGUGGUCAAUCUCAUUUAUGCGAAACAUUGCAUCUGCAGAUUUUUUUUAUUUAUUGCUGAUUCUAAAUACUGGCAAUACUCGAAUAUAAAUAAUCCCUACCCACAAACAGCCUGCUUUUACAUCUUCAAUACUUUGAUUUCUGAAGAAAACAUAGAAGAAAUCUCCAACAGAUAUAAACAAAGAGCUGUCAUCAAGAACCUGGACUAUCUAGAAUUACUAUAA